AUGGCUCGACGUACUGUCCUUGCAUCAGUCUUGAUGAAUGACUAUAUUGACAACAAAGGGCCAACGACAAAGGAAAUCCAGAGAACGGUUUUCAGGGAGUUCCAUUGUAAACUAAGCUAUUGGCAGUGUUGGAAGGCAGGUGUAACGGCUAAGAACAUGGUUGGGACACGGAGCAUGGGUAUGCUUACCGCUUAUUCGUACAUGGUUAAAAAUCUAAAUCCAGGUUCCAGAAUUUGCAUUAGUCUUGAUGAUGCGGACAGGUUCAAAUAUUACUUCGUAGCUUACGGAGCUUGCAUUCGAGGAUAUAAACACAUGCGAAAAGUUAUUACCGCUGACGACACACAUUUAUACGACAAGUAUGAGGGUGUGUUGUUAUCCGCCGUCGCACAGGAUACUGGGAACCAUAUCUACCCAAUUGCUUUUUGCUUGGCGAACAAGAAGUGUGAUGAAUCCUGGACCUACUUCUUCGAGCAGCUGAGAUAUAUAAUCGCCGAUAAACCAGACUUUUGCAUCAUCUCUGAUAGGCACAAGAGCAUAUCCAACGGUGUUUCCAGAAAUUUUGAGCAUGCUCGUCAUGGACUAUGCAUGAAGCAUCUUAGUGAUAACCUUCGAAAAAAUUUCCAAUAUGGAGAUUCUCUUCAUGUGUACUAUGAUACAGCAAAGGCAUAUCGUUACCAGGAGUUCAAUGAACAUUUUCAGCAAUUAAGGGAUAAAAACCCCGAAGCUGCUAAUUUCCUCGAGUUUGACAUUGGAUUUGACAAGUGGAGCAGGGCAUAUUUUCCAGCAAAUAGGUACGAUGUGCUGACCAUAAACAUUGCGGAGUUGCUAAACUCAAUGUUGAGGAUGAAAGAGAGUACCACUACGCUAAGGGAAAAGAUGAAUGAGGGCGACUCCUUGUUUAUCAGUAAUAUAAAUAGGGAUGCCAACGAGUUCACCGUAGUCGGCAGUGGCCUAACUGCCAAAGUCAAUCUACUGAACAAAACAUGCACUUGUAGAGAGUACGACUUGGUGAUAUUACCGUGUGCUUAUCGGAUGGCAGCCUUGAUAUUGAAGUACGAACCUGAUUAUUGUUCAAGCAUCUACGAGUAUUCCUCGCCCAUGUAUAAAGUUCAGUCUUACAUUCUUGCAUUUUGUGAAACUAUUAAUGCAGUCCCUACAAAGUUAGAAUGGGAAGUCCCGGAGAAGUAA